GUUCUUUAGUUGAGUUUUUAACGAGCGUUUCGGUUAGAAAACGCAGAAUUCAAUAAACGAAACUUUUAAUUGGUUCGAGAAAAAAUCAAUUUUUUUUUUGUUUUAUUAUUUAAUUCCUGUUAAGUAAAAUUCUAAAAACUCAACACUAUGCUUUUUUCCUCGUUAAUAGAGGCAUCUCAAAAUUCGCCUUUUAAGAAGGGCUUUAGUACGGUGAACUGCGAAGAAGCUCCACAAGAUGUAGCUGUACCGAACACCCAUGUAAUACAAGCAGCAGCCGCCGCCACCACAGGUGAUUCCUGUGAGUUUGGUUCAAAUAAGUUUUUCUUGCUGUGCGGUCUGGGUGGUAUUAUCUCUUGUGGAUCUACCCACACUAUGGUGACCCCAUUGGAUUUGGUCAAGUGCCGUUUGCAAGUCGAUGCUGCAAAAUAUAAAAGUGUAGCAAACGGUUUCCGGGUAACCUUAAAAGAAGAUGGCAGUAGAGGUUUAUUCAGGGGUUGGGCUCCUACUUGUAUCGGCUAUUCAAUGCAAGGCCUUUUCAAAUUCGGUCUCUACGAAGUAUUCAAAGUUUUCUAUUCCAAUGCAAUUGGUGAAGAAAACUCCUAUCUAUAUAGGACAACUUUAUAUUUGGUAUCUUCUGCUUCGGCUGAAUUCUUCGCUGAUAUUGCUUUGUCACCGAUGGAGGCGGCUAAAGUGAAAAUUCAAACUACACCUGGUUUCGCCAACACACUGAGAGAAGCUUUGCCGAAAAUGGCAUCGCAAGAAGGUAUUUCUGCCUUCUACAAGGGUUUAGUGCCGCUAUGGAUGCGUCAAAUACCCUACACAAUGAUGAAGUUCGCUUGCUUCGAAAGAACUUUGGAAUUGUUAUACAAAUAUGUUGUGCCUAAGCCACGUGCAGAAUGUUCCAAAGGCGAGCAGUUGGUAGUUACAUUUGCCGCCGGUUAUAUAGCCGGUGUAUUUUGCGCUAUUGUCUCACAUCCUGCCGAUACUGUAGUAUCAAAAUUGAAUCAAGAAAAAGGAGCCUCGGCCUUUGAUGUAGCCAAAAAAUUGGGUCUCGUUGGUAUGUGGGCUGGUUUACUGCCUAGGAUCGUAAUGAUUGGUACCUUAACUGCUGCUCAAUGGUUUAUCUAUGAUGCUGUUAAAGUAUAUUUGCGUAUGCCGCGACCACCACCACCAGAAAUGCCCGAAUCCUUAAAAAAGAAGAUGGGCUUAGCCUAGAAACUUAUCUAAACUCUAUACAUACACAUAUAAACAUAUCU